AUGACAUCCUUCGACGACGACGAUACAAAGGCCGCCAUUCUUGAUUGCCAUGUUUGCAUUGUGGGGGCUGGCAUUGGCGGUCUAAUGAUGGGAAUACUAUUCGAGCGCGCCGACAUCAAGUACACUAUACUCGAAAAGCACCCUUUCCACAACCCCCUUGGAAGCGCCAUCUGUCUCGAACCCUCGGUUCAGCCUCUUUUCAGACAGCUCGGCCUCAUGGACGAGAUCCAUCGACUUUCUAAACCGUUUGGUGCCUUGGUCUUCCGGGAAGAUAACCUCGACAUCGUUGGAACCUUCAACGCGCAAACGCCCCUAAACAUCAAUGACCGGUAUGGCGGUUACAAUCGGAUCAUUGCUCGUAGGGAUCUCUGUGCUCUACUAGCAGCACAGAUUCCCAAAGAAAAGAUCAAGUUUGGCAAGCGAGUUCUCGAGGUCAGACAGAACGCUGGCGAGGUCAUCAUCCGCUGUUCAGACAACUCAGUGCAUCACGCUGAUAUCCUUGUUGGAUGCGAUGGAGCGUACAGUGCUGUUAGACAAGGCCUCUACGCAGACUUGAGUGAAAGUGGUGAGUUACCCAAGCAGGACAAUGCCCCCAUGGGCUACCAAUACGACUGUCUAGUUGGCGUCACGGAUCCGAUGGACCCUAGUAAGAUCCCAUCCUUAGCUAGCAAGUUCUCCGAGUUUCAGACCAUCCUCUCAAAGGACGCCAAUUGCUCUUACUGGUGCAUUCCACUGGUUGGAAAUCGUAUCUCAUGGAUGGUGGUGAAAUUUCACAACAAAGGCAAAAAGUACGGCGAGGAUCAGCUCUUCAAGCUUUCCGGUUGGGGCGCCGAAGCUGCAGAGUUGAUGUCCUACGAGUUCCGCGAGCUUAUAACCACAUAUGGAUGCGAGCUUGGAGAACUGAUGGAUAAUACGCCCAAAGGAUCUAUGGCCAAAGUCAUGCUGGAAGAAAAAUUCUACAAAACGUGGUACAAGGGUCGUGUCGUUUUAACCGGAGAUGCUGUUCACAAAGUGUUGCCUUUCGGAGGUCAAGGUGCCAACCAAUGUAUCCAUGACGUGUUGGCCUUGACCAACCUUCUGGUUCAACUCAAGAGUAACACUGUACCUGACAUCGAGGAGCUUUUCGAAUCAUAUUUCAAGGCACGGUCGCCCAUUGGUCGGACAGUCGUCAACAUGUCCAGCCGUCUCGGCAACCUCAUGAACCGAAAGGGGAUGAUGAAUGAUAUCAUUCGCAAGUUAGCCCUUCGACAUAUGCCUCGGUGGAUCUCCCAGAUCGUCAACGACAGAUGGAGCUACGACCGCCCUCAAUUAGAGUGUAUCCCGUUCGUAGAAGUCCCAGGAGAGCUCCAACCACGGCCUCAGAAACGAUCUGCUUAUGUCCCUGCUAGUCUAGUAGAACGUGAACCUACAUAUGAAUAG